AUGUAUGGUGCCCCCGGACUGCUACUUUGGGUUUUGAGUGGUCCCGUGGCGGUGGCCCUGCACACCGUUCCAACUGUUCGGUUUGGCGAGGCGGAUCAUCCUGGUCCUGCCGCCAACUUCUUCAUCAGUACUAGCAAUCCGUCAGGUCUCCGUUCCAAAGAGUCGUUUUACUCCGAUUGGGGUUUUGGAGUUCACUGCUUUUCGGAGACCCAGCUUUCGGCUGUGACCCUCCCCAGCUGCCGUCGCCAAUUUCAAGCCUGUGCCAAGGCUGUCAACAGACAUGCCCGUGUUACAUCAGGUGCGCCCGCUGCACUUCGGGUGAAUAGUGAAUGGGCCGGCUCCUGGACGGGGGUGCUUCAGGUUGGGGAUCUACCCUGUAGCACCUUCAAUAUUGCUUGGCCCCCAGGCCUUUUUGAGACCGGGCGGGUUAUGAUCAGCCGGCACUUUCACGAGUCUUUGCCAAUCAUGGUGGCUACGGUGUAUGGUUUUCCACAGGGGCCCACCUGGCCCGAUGCUCUCUCCCGCACCGAAACCCUUCUCAACACGCUGACUCGCGAAGUCGUUCUUGGCUCCAGGGGUUUCCGCAUCAUCUGUGGUGAUUUUAAUCACGACAUCUGCAGCCUGCACCAAUGCCAGCUGUGGCAAUCUCAUGGAUGGAUCGAGGCGCAAGACCUCGCCCAGCAGUUUUGGGGCACUCCCCCCCAACCGACCUGCAAGCACGCGACAAGGCGUGACUUCAUCUGGCUUUCGCCUGAGGCUGCCUCUUACUGUGCACAAGUUCGGAUCUCCGAGGUCUUUCAGGACCACUCCACCUUAAUCGCCGGGUUUGUUCUUCCGUGCCACGCCGUUGUUGAGCAUUCCUGGCCGCUCCCUGCUGAGCUACCUUGGGCUGAUGUGGAUGUUGGUGCCUGGCACCAGCUUGCGGGACAUCAGCCCGUCGCGCCUGCUCCUGAUCCCACUCGUUGGUUUUCUUCGUUCUCCAGAGCUGUUGAGCACAGUCUUGAUGGUCAUGUCACCUCCUUCCCAGGUGGGCACCUGCCUUCCAAUUGCUUCGGGCGCGGCGCUCGCACUGCGCCACAAAAAUCUUUGUGUCAGCCUCGUCCUUUGCGGUCCAGUCGACCAGGUGAGGAUGCUUUGCGCCAUGAUGGCCUUGGGGCCGAGGUUCGUCGGUGGUUUCAACAGUUGCGUAGGCUCCAGUCGCUGGUGCAUGCCACGCGAGCUCUCAACCCGGCUCCCUCUGCCGUUGAAUAUCGCCUUGGUCUCUGGCGUUCAAUUUGUAAUGCCCGGGGCUUCCGCGGAGGCUUCAGGGCUUGGUGGCCCCACCGACCAGUUUGCUUGAUCGGUAGUCCCUCACAGGUGCCCCAGCUGGUGCCUGAUGCCUUCACUGUCCUGGAUGCUAAGUACGAUCAGUCUCUUGCCCAGCUUUACCAGGAGUUGCGUGAUCCUGCGCCAGAACAGGUUGACACACUCCAGGUGAGGCGGGAGUAUGCCAUUUUGGCUACAGACUCCCCCAGUGCACAACUCCAUGUUGAGCGCCCGCUGGAUCUGCGUGGCCAUUCUACCUGGGCCGUUGAUGGUGCCUCUGUCGCGGUUCAAACUGCUGAAGCCGAUGUGUGCACUCUUGCAUGCGCUGUUUCUGAGUCGUGUCACGAACUUGAGCAAGUACAGAUUCUCUCUUCUGUGACCGACCUCCAUGAUGAAUUUGUUUCUUUGUGGGCGCCCCGCUGGCAACAACAUGCUAACGCGUCCCCCUCUGAUUGGCAGCGCUUUCUUGACUUUGCGGCUGCAUACCUCCCACGCCACCAGUUCGACUUGCCUGAUAUUGAUGUGCAAACUUGGAACAAGGCCCUCAAGCGUUUCCGCCCGCGAGCUGCCAGGGGCCCCGACGGUUGGGCCAAAGCUGAUUUGAUCAACCUUCCACCGCCGCGCACGGCUGAGCUGCUUUGCUUCCUCCGAUCGUUGGAGCUCGAGGGUCGGCCAUGGCCCAAGCAAUUGGUGGUCGGUUUUGUCUGUCUUCUCAGCAAAGGCAAUGGGCGCUUGGAUGCAAAUGGUUACCGCCCCAUCUGCCUUUUCUCCAUUGUCUACCGUACGUGGGCAGGGAUCCGGGCCAGACAGGUGCUGUCCAUUCUCCGAUCCAUUGUUCCGGAGGGUUUGUUCGGAUUCAUACCCGGCCGUGAGGCGGCCGAGUUGUGGUAUUCCGUGCAGCUUGAGGUUGAGCUUAGUAUCCUUGGCGGCACCCGACUCCUAGGCUUGUCCACCGAUGUGAUCAAAGCCUUUAACAGCCUCCCACGUGUGCCGUUGAUGACUUUGGCUGCACACCUCGGCUGUCCUCGUCGGCUUCUUGGGCCAUGGUGUUCAUUCCUUGAGGUGAACGAACGGCGUUUCAUGAUACGCCAGCAGGUCAGCUGUGCCGUUCAAUCCACCUCUGGAUUUCCUGAGGGAUGCCCCCUUAGCCCUGUGGCUAUGGUCUUCGCUGAUUGGGCUUAUCAUGUCUACCUUCAGGCUUUUGCCCCUUCGGUUCGGGCCUUUAGCUUUGUCGACAACUUUGCUUGUACUGCCUUCUCAGCAGCCGCUUUGCUGCAUGCUUACAAUCUGGUUCGAUGCUUUAUGGACCUGCUGCAGCUCCAGUUGGAUGACGUCAAAACUUUCACUUGGGCUACGCUUCCUGCUGACCGUGCUGCCCUUGCGACCACCGGACUCACGGUUUUGCGCGCGGCCCGCGAGCUGGGUGGGGUGAUGUCCUUUGGGCCCAGCGUGCGUAACCAUGCACUGCGUGAGAGAUGUCAGUCGCUCAGUUCGCUUUGGAAGAAGUUGCAGCGCUCGCGUGCACCCUGUUCCCUUAAGUUGUCGGUCUUGCCCAAGAAGCUUUGGGCAAAGGCGCUGCACGGCGUCUCUGGCACGCCGUUGGCGGACUCCACCUUGCAAAGCUUGCGCACCGCCGCUACUUCCAGCCUCCGCAUCCGUCCGGGGGGCAGUAGCUCUUUGCUACGACUCAGCCUCGCCUCUCUGAUGACUGCGGACCCCGGCUUCUACCAGCUGCUCUGCUGUGUGCUUGAUGUGAGACGCAUGGCAGAAAAGGUGCCCAACUUUCUGUCUUUGUGGCGUCACUUUUCGAGUCUGCGUGACGGCCGUCGGCUGCAUGGGCCUCUGUCCAAGUUAGAUUCAGUCUUGGCACAAAUUGGCUGGUCAGUCCAGGAACCGCCCUUUGUGGUCGACCAUGAUGGGCUCACUCAUGACCUCCUCCUUGUGCCCCGCCCUUUGCUCCGGCGAUUGCUUGAACAGGCGUGGCUUGGGUACGUUGCCCACCAGCAUACCCAUCGCCAGACCAUGUCUGACCUCUGUGGCAUUGAUCAUGCGCUGUUGCGGGCAACCCAGGCCAAACUUGACGCAUUGGAUGUUGCUCGAUUGGCCGCCAUCCAGUCCGGUGCCUUUUGGUGUGGGCAACAGCAGGCUCGGUUUGACCUAGGUCAAACAGGUUUUUGCCCUCUCUGCCAGGUCGAGGAUUCCGUUGAGCAUCGAGUGCGUCACUGCCCCCGAUACACGGCCAGUCGCGCUGAGCAUGCUUGGGUGCUUGAGAAAUGGGAUGAGUUGCCGGUUUCUCUUUCUCAUCACCUUUUGCCUCCGGCCAAUCCUCACUUGCCUCAGCUCCGCCGAUUCCUGCAAGCCGGCAUUGAUACUACGGGACAGUUCUUCUGCUUAGGCUCAGGUUCCGGUUGGCAGUGCCUUUUUACGGACGGCUCCUGUCUCAACUUUGAUAACGCUGAUCUGGCGUUGGCGAGAUGGGGAGUUAUUCUCGCCAAUUCUGGCUCAGUCAUUGCGUGUGGCACGGUGCCGGGACUCUUGCAGACAGCUCCUCGGGCCGAGAUCCUGGCUUUGACUGCUGCAGCCAGGUGGGCCCUUCAAACCGGGCUGCCAUGCAUCACAUGGACAGACGCUGCGAAUGUUUGCUCCGGCGCCAACCUCAUCCAGGCCUCAGGCGACCUCCCAGGCACCACGGAUGUUGACCUUUGGGCUCAGCUUGCAGGCCUUUUGCGGCAACUGGAUCCACAGCGUUUUCUGAUCAGGCACACUCCGUCGCACUUGGACACCGCGCUCACGGAGAAUCCGGUGGAAGAUUGGCUGGCAGUUCACAACUCCCAUGCGGAUGUGCUUGCGGGCAUUGCUAACUCCAAUCGCCCGCAAACCUUCCUGGAUGUGCACAGUCAGGCUGUUCGUUUCCACGAGGACACCCUGCGCACUCUGCUGGCUUUGCGGGCCAUCUUCUUCGGCAUUGCGACCCAGCAGCGGUCGGAAAUCACCGAUGUGAAUGCGCCUGAGGGCGAGGAGGCAGAGCCGUGGAUCUUACCGAGCGGUGCUGUCCCGCGCAGGCUUGAACUCGAAGAUGCAUUGCCGGUCAACUGGCAGUCGACAGUUACUGCCUCAGUCUCGGACUUGCCUCACACAUUUGUUUGUCAGUUGUGUGACUUCAUGUGGAAGCUCGAUGCUGAUUCUGAGCACGCUUAUCGAUUGUCUUGGCUAGAGCUGGUCUUCAUAUUGCACUGCAGUGACUGCUAUGUGUAUCCGGCCUGCAAUCAUCUCGGACAGUGGGUGGACCCAUCAACUUUAGUUUUUCCGCCGGCAGCGCACACAGUCGCUGCUCGGCUUGCUUUAGUCAGGCGGGCUUUGCGCCCGGCUCUGCGCCGCCUUGGCUUUGAUUCGCUCUUCAUUCAAGGUCUUGAUCUUUCGGAUUUGGGGCUUCGCUUCUCCCUGGAUGGCAUUGUCUUUGGGGUUGAUACUUCCUUGUUAUUAAAGGCGCGCACGAGCCUUGGCCGGUUUGUACAGGGUCGAGCGGGGACCCGUUCCGCGCUUGCGCGGCCGAUCUAG